AUGGAGGGCCGCCGCUUGCCGGAGCGUCGGCGGGUUGGAGCACUUCUCAAUGCGUACUACCACAUCGAGGGUACGGAGAAGAAGGAUGCGCCUGGAUCGACCGGAAGCGAUUUGGAUCGACAGGGCUUCGAUGCCAAGCGCUACUUCGAUGGCAUGGUCUCCUCGGGUCAGCUUCCAGAGUUGGUGAAACGCGCCAACGAGCUGGAUGCUGAGAUCAAGGACCUGGAUGGGGACAUGCAGAUGCUCGUGUAUGAGAAUUACAGUAAGUUCAUACGAGCAACGGAUGUCAUCAAACAGAUGAAGUUCACCAUCGAGGGGCUUGACCCAGACUUAAAGGUUCUGGAAGGCAACGUUAGCAGGAUCACCGACCACCAAAAGAAGGUCGAGGAUGGCGUUUCUGGACGUGCUGGGGAGAUUGAAGGCCUGCUAAAACAGCAGCGCAUCUGCCGGAAGUUGCAGGUGCUUUUUGAGCUACCCAGCACACUGCAGAAGUGCCUGGAUCGGAAGGCUUAUGGUGAGGCAGUGGAGGCCUAUUGCUGCUGCUCCGGCUUCCUCCGACAGUACAGGCACAUGCCGACCUUUCAGAAGGUGCUGGAAGAGGUGGAGCUGCAGAUGGGCCGCAUCCGAGUGGCGCUGGAGGAGCGGCUGCGCUCGCCCGAGCUCUCGGUGGAUGAGGCUGUCAACAGCUCUGUUACGCUGCUAGACCUCGGGGAAGACCAAGUGAAGGUGGUGAGCGAAUACCUCACUGGCAGGACUGCCACCCUGCGACGCAGCCUGAGUGAUUGCUUUGCACCAAGUGCAGCAGAUGCUCCGGCUGUGGAGGGCGAACUCACGAAGGACCAGGAGGAGCUCCGACGCCCGGAGUCCAUGGCCCUGCACACGGCCUGCGGCAAAGCCACGGAGGCCUACGUGCCGCCUUUGUGCGAUGCAGUUGAAGGCUUUCAGAAGCUCUUGGAAGUGAGAAACGCCUCCGGAGCAACAGUGGAUGAGAACGUCCUGCCAGACUUCGUCAGUGCAAGGAUCGAGGACCUUUGUGAGCGCAUCACGCAGCUGGUGGAUCAAAAGGUCCCUCCCAGCAGGGUCUUGGUCUCUUGCAUCCAUUCGGUGCGAGAUUCCCUCAGGCGCCUCCAUUCACUGCUGCCUGCAUUGCUCACUCGCCUCUUCCGCUCCUUCCUGACCCGUACGGCCAUGGAUGCCAUGCGCUCCCUGUUUGCGACCGCCUGUUCCCAGAUGACCUCGGAGCUUUGCAAACUGUCGGCUUACCCGGUGAGAUCCAGCCGAGAGCACGGGGAGUGCAAGAACCUGGGCGAGUCAUCGAGCUCAGGCCUCGACGAUGUCUUGGAGGAGAUCGCCAAGACUGAACAAGCCUUGAUCAUGAAUGGCUUUACAGCUCUCACUGAAUGCCAACCAUUGCAGAGCCUGCUGGGGCCGGACAAGGCUGAAAGUGAGCAUUUCGUCCUUCAGACUUUCAGACCUUCGCAGAGCUGGAUGACCGAAGCCGACCCGUCACCGCCGCUGGCGCCGCUGUAUCAGGAUAAGUUUGUGGACAUUUACCAGGAUCAUCUGAACAUCAAGUGCUUUUAUUUCCCCUUUGGCUGGGAGAGGAGGAUCGCCAUUGGCCCUGGUGCCGGUGUGAGUUUCACCACGGACCGAGAGCUGGGCUUUCGAUGGAGGGACCGGAAAGCCUGGGGAAUGGCGCUGAACAACGUCUGGUGGGCUAGGGACUGGGUGCGGGAUCCCGUGCUGAAUCUGGGUGGGCCACCCCGGCACCUGGGUGUGGUGCUCAAGGUGGGAGCUGAGCCGUUUCGAAAGGGCUUCAGUGUCGAAGAUGAAGCAGCUGUGGCGGGAAGAAGCUGCAGCUGCGACUGCUGUGAGACUUCCGUGGCUCGAGAGGAGAUUGGGGAACAGGAGGCGGCCCUGCAGUGCAGCCUGGCUCAGGGUGCCCCGACGGCGCCCAGGUGCGAGAGCUUGUGUGCCAAGAGUGCAGAGGAUCACGAAGCCGCCAGCCUUUUAGACACCGAGCGCUUCUGCUUUGCGGAGUGUGUGCCAGCCAGCGAGGAGUCCAUCUCGUGGACGCCACCGCUGGGGCGCCUUGCUACCCUUUGGCCGCCGGUGCGCCGGGCCCCGGACGCCGUGCGCUCCGGGCCCAUCGGCUUCCACGACCCGAGAGCUGCUGACAGCUCCCCCACCGACAAGUUGCUGGAGGAUGCCCAGAAGCAAGCAGCCAAGGCCAAGGAUGCUGCCGAGGCUGUGCAGCGUGCCAGCUACGGCGGCGUGGCCACCGUGUCGGAGGCCGCGCGCGCGGAGGACGAUGCCCGGCGGGCUGCGGGCUUCGCCAUGGGCGUGGAGGGCCAGGUGGGACGCAGUCGCAACAGUCUCUCCAUGCAGAUCCCGCCACAGGCUAUUGCAACAAUGCAGGAGGUGAUGCCAGUGGUCCAGCAAGCAGCUCGCGAUGCAGCGAAGAAGGAGGCGACCACUGGGCCUUUCUCCAAGUUGGAGAAAUCGCAACAGGAGCAAGUCAAGGCGACCGCCGCAGCGGCCUCCGCGGGCGUUGGAUGGGCAGAGGCCAUGGCAGGGGCCACGCGCGUGCGGGACGCCUACAGCCGCAGGAGUCAAGACUUCGCGCAGGCGGCCGCCGCCUCUGAGCAGUCGGCUCAGAGCUUGGCCAUGGAGGCCAAGGAGUGGCGGCAGCUGAGCGGUGCCGACCCCACGAAGCGCGCGAAGGUGCAGCGGAAGGCCAUGCGAUUGCAGGAGGAGGCCAACGAGGCCUUGACAGCAGCCCGGGAGGAGGAUCAGACACUUGGCACCGAUGAGGAUUUGGGGCAUGAAGUGAAUCGAAGGAAAGCCCAGAAGUACCUCAGCAUCGCAAAGUCUAUUGAUGACUCCUUGCCAGCCUAUUCCCAACAGGCAGAGCAAGGUGCCUAUCAUGCCAUGUCAAUGGUGGCACCUGAUGUCCCAGCACCCUUGCCGCUGGGCGCCUUCUUUAGCAGCUUUGUGGAGCUUUGUCGUGCCUAUGCCGCGAGCUCAGGGUUGACAUCUGGAAAACGGCGACCGUGGGAUGCGCAAGAGCAUGGGGGGAAUCCCAUGGUUCGGCUCUCGCCCGGCACCGCACGACAGACCCUGUGGACUGCGGACGGAACCUGGGGAGCCACCUUGCAGAACUACAACAACGAGCUGGUGAAGUCCAUUGAGGACCUGAGGGAGAAGCGAGAGGAGCUGAAUCGCCAGAUCCUGAAGGAGGAGGAAGACAAGGCAAAGAUUCAGAAGGAGCUGUCCAUUCUGACGGACCGCCUGCAAAAGGUCAAUGAGAGCUUGGUGCGCAAGACCCAGGCCCGUAAUGAGUAUGACAAGACCAUCCAAGAGACCGAGGCUGCCUACAUGAAGAUCUUGGAAUCUUCUCAGACCUUGCUGCAUGUCCUCAAGCGUGAGACCGUGAACUUGACCAAGAACAAGCAGUCAUCGGACUGA